AGGCAAAAUGGCAUUAUUAAAACAAUGCCGAAUUAGCUAUUAGCAGUUUCUGUUUGCAACUAACCCAUGAACAUACAGUCAGCUACAACUGAAAUACUUUCACACCCAAGAAACUUUAAAAAUGUGACGAUUCUCAAGCAGCUUCUGGAACUUCGCAGCGUCUUUUUCUGUUGAUUUCCAAGUGGACUUAUGGAGGUGUAUUCAUGAUGGACAUCGGAGAUAAUGAUAUCCUCAGAGAGACCUCUGAGCCCUGCAACCUUGACCCCUGGAUGUGGAUCUUGACCUACCAGAACCCUCCGCUGCCUUAUCCCUGCUAUCCUCUGGACUUGGAGACUUGGACUUGCCAGGAAGCUUCACACACUAUCAUACCUUCAAAAAACUGUUCCUGUCUGCCUGAUUGUCGCCAUUCCAGUUCUCCUUUUGUUGCCUGUACUCACCAGCGCUGACAGGCACUAUUAAUUUCCUUGCAGAAUCCAAACUGUUAGUUGUUUUUACCCAUUUUCCCCAUGAACAAUACCACUGUACCCUGCUAUUAUCAACUCCGUCUAAACUGUGUAAGCAGCAACAGUUUACAGAGCUCGAGUCGAUGCUAUAAUCCCUGCCUCCAUGCCAAAGACAGUGUGUACAACAUGUGCAACAAACACCAACACGCACACAUGCAGACUGGAGCACAUUCACUUUUGGAGGACAGAGAGGGGUAAGAGGCUGAAGGCUCCUCCCUGAGAGUUUGUGAAAACAUUCCAGCAAAGUGAGAGCGGUCAAAGAAUUGGAAACUCUCACAGCGGCCUCUUAUACUUACUCUCUGUCCUUUCUCACCUCGUUGCACAUGUAGUUGCACUGUAUACAGUGUUUAUACAGGCUGCGUGAAGCUCUGCAGGGGCAACACGUCAAGGAGGGGGGAACCCGAAGGAACAUCCAAAGUCUGGACAGACAAAGAAAACUCAGCUGUCCCCACUGAUCGGCUCAUAAUGAAGCCGGUGUUUGUCCUCCUUGUUUCCACUGCCUGGACUUUGACUGGAGCCCAGUAUUACUACCAGGGGCUGAUGGAUUAUCUGGAGAACAGGUUGUUGGCUAUUGAGGACCGCAUGCAGUUGUGGCAUGAACAAUCCCAUCGCUACCACACAGAGAUGCUGGAUUUCAAAAAGCUAACUGCUGAGGCCAUGGAUGGGCUGAAGAAUGAGCACAGCAUGAUGUUCAAAGACCUGGAGGGAGCUGCGGCCCGAGUGGACCGGGUGGAGCGAGAGAUGGACUACGUUGAGACCCAGACUUCCCCUCGGGCCUGCGCGAAUAAAGCAGACAAGGUUGUGGAGCAGGGAGCCUGGGGGUUGCAGGAGAGCAGAGGAGGGGAAGAGGAGGAAGAGGACUGGGAGGAGCUGCGCUCCAGAGUCUCUGACUGUGUUGAAAUCAUCUCUGGCAUCAGGUCAGUGAAGAUCCUGAAGAGAGUCGGCAGUCCCAAAGGCAUGUGGACCAGAGACCCAAGGUCGUCCAAAGUUUACGUCUUCAAUGGGACAUCAGGAGACAGCAUCUACCAGUUCAACUCUGUACGAGACUUUUCCAGCUCUCCUGGCGUCACCAGCAGCCGACAGAUCAGACCUCCCUCUGAGUGGAGCGGUCCAGGCAGCGCUGUCUAUAACGGCUAUUUGUACUACAUACAGCAGGAGGCUGAUACAGACGUGCAGGUGGUCAAAUAUGACCUGCUGAGUGGCUUGGUGACAGACGUCGCCAUGUUCCCCAUGGAGAGCCACGCUGCGGUUUACAGCCUCAACCCAGAAACUGUUGCGGACCUCGCAGCAGACGACGAAGGCCUCUGGCUCCUGUACGCCUCCAGCGACAGUGAACCAAACAUCAACCUGGCAAAAAUGGACCCUGACACGCUCGAUAUAGAACAAAUCUGGGACACCCGGUGCCCACGGGAGAACGCAGAGGCAGCUUUUGUGGUGUGUGGGACCGUCUAUGUCGUUUACAACACCCGCAUGCCCAGCAGGUCCCGAAUCCAAUGCCUUUUUGAUGUCAAUGACAUGGUGAUCAGCGAGGAGGCUCCGCUGAUAUACUUUCCCAGGAGGUACGGAGCCCACGCCAGCCUGAAAUACAACCCCGAGGAGAGACAGCUCUACGGCUGGGACGAUGGCUACCAAAUCAUUUACAGACUGAGCAUGAAGAAGAAGCUCCUGGUGUGACAGCAGGGAGGUGGUGUCAGGUUUCCAAAGGCAAUAAUAAAGCAAAGGAGCGGUAAACUUACACACGCUAUGCCGAAAAGUAUUUCAGUAGCCUGAAGACUCUUCAUUCAUGGUAGAUUUAAAGGUUCAGUGUGUAAAAUUUAGGGGGAUUUAGUGGCAUCUAGUGGUGAGGAUUGCAGAUUGCAACCAGCUAAAACUUCUCCUGGUUAGAAUUCCCUCAGUGUUCAUUGUUCAGGAGGUUUUUACCAGGAGAUGAAUUAUCUGCAGAGGUCUCUUCCUCUCCAAGACAAACAGACCAGGUGAUUUUAACAAGUAAAAAUUCAUUUCAUGUUGAAAUUAGUGUUUCUCCUAUGCUGUUUUGGAUGUCGCUGACGUUUUCUCUGAUAACUUAUGACCCAGAUGUUCAGGAGGUUUUUCUCUCCAAAACAAAUGCACCCGGUGAUUAAAACCGAUUAAACUCUGAAUAAAGCAGUUUCACGUUACAAAUCAGUGUUUCUCUUACGCUGUUUGGGACGUGACAAAGGGCUACUAGCCGAGUAUCCCUUUGCCACAUCUGAUUUAGACUUUCAAGAGGUUUUUACCAGGAGCCGAAUGAUCCGCAGAGGUCUCCUCCUCUCCCAAACAAAGGCACCCCUUCAUUAAAACUGGCUAAACAAUGAGUAAAGCAGUUUAACAUUAAAAAUCAGUGUUUUUCUGAUGCUGUUCAGCUCGUCAGAGACAGACAGCUAGCUCAGCACCUGCUUAUAUGUGCUCACCUUUUUACUGAUUAUUUAAAUCCAGAUGCUCAGGAGGUUUUUACUGGGAGCCAAGUUAUUUGCAGAGGCCUUUCCCUCUUCAAAACAAAUGAACCAGGUGAUUUAAACCGGUAAAACACUGAAUAAAGAAGUUGCACGUUCAAAAAAAUCUGGUUUUGCUGACACUACUUGUUGUGUAGGGGCUGCUAACUAUGGUGGCCAACACAAAAACGUGAACAGCCCUAUCUAGAGCCAGUGUUUAGUUUGUCCGUUCUGGGCUACUGUAGAAAUAUGGCAGUGCAACAUG